CACAGGCUUACAUGAAUGGUUCUAUGACUCUAACAUUGUCGUUCCGAAGCUUCGAUGGUCAGCGGGGCCAUGACAAUCUAUAACAAUCUAGCCGAAUUACAACACCAUCUUGAAACUUGCGCAAUCCUCUUGUCACACUAUCCCCAGUGAAUCCUAUAUAUACCUGUCCCCGCGCCUAGCUUACCAACCGCUUGCCUCUGCUCUUCAUCUACCAUAUCGGAACCCCAGAACCCGAACUCGAAACCUCGAUCUUUGCCCCAGCCUACCUCCACCACGCACCUUUCAUAACCUACAACCUACCUACACAAUGACCCACACAUACAAGUUCAACGUUGCCAUGAGCUGCGGCGGUUGCUCCGGCGCCGUGGAGCGCGUGCUCAAGAAGCUCGAAGGUGUCGAAUCGUACAACGUCUCGCUCGAGACGCAGACGGCCGAAGUUGUCGCAAUCGACUCGCUCCCCUACGAGACCGUGCUCGAGAAGAUUAAGAAGACAGGAAAGGCCGUCAAGUCUGGAGAGGCUGAUGGCGAGGCGAGGGAUAUCUAAGGCAAUGGACACAAGAACGCAGCGAUCACUUUCUGGUAUAUUGUUUCUUUGGCAGCGAGCGAUGGAUAACACGGCAAUGUUGCGGUUGAGCUCUAUGCUUUCGCCACGGCACCCGGCACUUGGCCG